AGCAGAAACAAGCCAAAGUGCUGCUGGAAACAAACUGCACUUUCAAUUAAUCAGGGUUUAAGUAUCAUUUUGUCUUCUGCCACAGUCGUUAAUGCUUCUCAUCAAAAGCAGCCUAUGAAAGUGUCAGAGGGCAGUGGUGAGACUCCACCCUUUGUUGCCAAUGUUACAGCUCUGUAAGAUCACCUACUCUUUGCUAAUCAGUAAUUCUAGAUCAGCCUGCAACAAAGAACUCCUCACUCAAGAGGGAGUUACAUUCUGUAUUAAUGUCUCCAGGCAGCAGCCAUUCCCGGGCCUUCACCACAUCCAAGGCCUGCGCGUUCCUGUUUUUGAUGACCCUUUGGAGGACUUGUACAAGUAUUUUGAACAGUGCAACAAUGCCAUAGAGGACACAGUACGAAGUGGUGGAAAAUGCUUAGUUUUCUGUAAAAAUGGCCGCAGCAGAUCUGCAGCGAUCUGCACUGCCUAUCUGAUGAGACACCAAAAUCUCACUCUCAAGGAUGCCUUUGAGACUGUGAAGACUGCCAGACCAGGAGUAGAACCCAACACAGGAUUCUGGACUCAGCUGCAGCUAUAUGAAGAAUAUUUACAGAUGCAGCAUCAGUUGGGUCAUUCUUCUGAAAAAAUGAUUUCUUCCAAAUAAAUAUAAUUCUCACUGAAAUUUUCU